CGGGUUUCCGUAGCUGGCUGACAUGCACGUGAAGUGAUCAGAGGAAAGGGCACGAAGAAGAAUAUAGAGGUUCAUUCACACAGCAGUCAUGAGCCUUACUUCAUAUCUCCCAAGAUGUUCGGGAGUCAGCAGAUGUAUCCUGACAAGCAUCCAUCGGUCUCAUUGGAUGUGGCAUCCAAGAAGGGAAGGCAGACAGUCAGGCUCUGCACUGCAAAUAAUUCUUCAGUAUUCAACAUUAUCAAGAUAUGCAGAGGCUCAUAAUCUUAGGAUUACAUCAUAUUUGAAGCAUGGACGUUUAAGAUCAGUAACCUCUAGAGCAUCUACAGAUAUUCCUAGUUCAGUGGAACUCUUCGGUAGACAGUUCCCUCGAGAUGAUUUCACAAAUAUCACUAGUAAAAUCAUGUCUUUGGUUGGACAGAAUUUACACAACCAGAGUUAUCAUCCAUUGUGGUUAAUCAAAGAAAGAAUCAAGGAACAUUUUUACAAGCAGUAUAUGGGACGGCAUCAAAACCCUCUGUUUUCUGUUUAUGAUAAUUUAUGUCCCAUUGUCACAACAGAGCAAAAUUUUGACAGCCUUCUUGUUCCUUUGGACCAUCCAAGUAGAAAGAAAGGAGACAAUUACUAUUUAAACCAUUCUCAUAUGCUUCGUGCUCACACCUCAGCUCAUCAAUGGGAUUUGAUGCAUUCUGGACUGGACGCAUUCCUGGUUGCGGGAGAUGUUUAUCGUCGCGAUGAGAUUGAUAGGACCCAUUAUCCAGUUUUUCAUCAGAUGGAAGGUGUCCGCCUGUUUUCAUACUAUGAGCUGUUUGCUGAAGUUAAAAAUAUGGAUUCUUGCCAGCUGUUUGAGCAGGGGAUUCGUACAUCGAACAAGCAAGAAGCCCACACUUUGGAGGCUGUGAAAUUGGUGGAGUUUCAGCUGAAGCAAGCACUUUCUAAACUAAUAAUGCAUCUUUUUGGAGAAGGACUAGAGAUUAGAUGGGUAGACUGCUACUUCCCAUUUACACACCCAUCGUUUGAGAUGGAGAUCAAGUUUCAGGGGAAAUGGAUGGAAGUUCUAGGAUGUGGUGUCAUGGAACAGAAGCUGGUGAAUUCAGCUGGCGCACAUGAUAAAAUUGGAUGGGCAUUUGGUCUCGGAUUAGAGAGGCUGGCCAUGAUUCUUUACGAUAUUCCUGAUAUCCGCUUGUUCUGGAGUCAAAACGAGCUCUUCCUGAAGCAGUUCUACGUGUCUGACAUCAACCAGCAAGUACAAUUUCAGCCAAUAAGCAAGUUUCCAUUUUUGGCCAAUGACAUGUCGUUCUGGCUUCCCAGUGGAGGAUAUUUGGAGAAUGAUUUUUUUGAUCUAGUCCGAAGUAUUGCAGGAGACAUUGUUGAAGAAGUGACUUUGAUUGAUCAAUAUACUGAUCCAAAGACCCAGAGAGUUAGUCAUUGCUACCGCAUUAAAUAUCGACACAUGGAGCGCACUCUGACACAAGACGAAGUCAGCAUAUUACAUAAGAAAAUUGGACAAUCAGCAAUAGAAGAGCUCAGUGUGGAAGGAAGAUUUUAAAUCAACUUAUAAAUAAUGUAAACUGUUAAUCAAGGCGUUCUUGCUUUAUAAUGUAUUAAACAAUUGAUUUAGUCUGUG